GCGCCGGAUCCCGGCGGGUCGGGCGGGGCGGACGGCGCCGUGGGGAUCCCGGGGCGGUCGAGGGCCCCAGACUCCGCUCCGCGAGGCAACAUGGACCGGAUGGCCAGCUCCAUGAAGCAGGUGCCCAACCCCCUGCCCAAAGUGCUGAGCCGGCGCGGGGUCGGCGCGGGGAUGGAGGCGGCGGAACGGGAGAGUUUCGAGCGGACUCAGACUGUCAGCAUCAAUAAGGCCAUUAAUACGCAGGAAGUGGCUGUAAAGGAAAAGCACGCCAGAACGUGCAUACUGGGCACCCACCAUGAGAAAGGGGCACAGACCUUUUGGUCUGUCGUCAACCGGCUGCCCCUCUCCAGCAACGCUGUGCUCUGCUGGAAGUUCUGCCACGUGUUCCACAAACUCCUCCGAGAUGGACACCCAAACGUCCUGAAGGACUCUCUGAGAUACAAAAACGAAUUGAGUGACAUGAGCAGGAUGUGGGGCCACCUGAGUGAGGGGUAUGGACAGCUUUGCAGCAUCUACCUCAAACUGCUCAGAACGAAGAUGGAAUACCACACCAAAAAUCCCAGGUUCCCAGGCAACCUUCAGAUGAGUGACCGGCAGCUGGACGAGGCUGGAGAGAGUGAUGUUAACAACUUUUUUCAGCUAACAGUGGAGAUGUUCGACUACCUGGAGUGUGAACUUAACCUCUUCCAAACUGUGUUCAACUCCCUGGACAUGUCCCGCUCUGUAUCUGUGACGACAGCUGGGCAGUGCCGCCUCGCCCCGCUGAUCCAGGUCAUUUUGGACUGCAGUCACCUCUAUGAUUACACUGUCAAGCUUCUCUUCAAACUCCACUCCUGUCUCCCAGCUGACACCCUGCAAGGCCACCGGGACCGUUUCAUGGAGCAAUUCACAAAGUUGAAAGAUCUGUUCUACCGCUCCAGCAACCUUCAGUACUUCAAGCGGCUCAUUCAGAUCCCUCAGCUGCCUGAGAACCCACCCAACUUCCUACGAGCCUCUGCGCUGUCGGAACACAUCAGCCCUGUGGUGGUAAUCCCAGCCGAGGCCUCGUCCCCUGACAGCGAGCCCGUCUUGGAGAAGGAUGACCUCAUGGACAUGGAUGCCUCCCAGCAGAGUUUAUUUGACAACAAGUUUGAUGACAUCUUUGGCAGCUCGCUCAGCAGUGAUCCCUUCAAUUUCAACAGUCAGAACGGUGUGAACAAGGAUGAGAAGGGCCACUUAAUUGAUCAAUUGUACCAAGAGAUCAGUGUGCUGAAGGCACAGCUGGAAAACAUGAAGACUGAGAGCCAGCGUGCUGUCCUGCAGCUGAAGGGCCGCAUCAGCGAGCUGGAGGCGGAGCUGGCAGAGCAGAAGCACCUGCGGCAGCAGGCGGCCGAUGAUAGCGAGUUCCUGCGGGCGGAGCUGGAUGAACUCAAGAAGAAGCGAGAAGACACAGAGAAGGCGCAGCGGAGCCUGACGGAGAUAGAAAGGAAAGCCCAGGCCAAUGAGCAGCGGUACAGCAAGCUGAAGGAGAAGUACAGUGAGCUGGUGCAGAACCACGCUGACCUGCUGCGGAAGAAUGCAGAGGUGACCAAACAGGUGUCUGUGGCCAGACAAGCCCAGGUGGAUUUGGAACGAGAGAAAAAAGAGAUAGAGGAUUCCUUCCAGCGCGUGAGCGAGCAGGCCCAGCGAAAAACUCAAGAACAGACGGAAGUACUAGAGAACUUGAAGCAAGAACUUGCCACCAGCAAACAGGAACUCCAGGUUGUCCAAGGCAGCCUGGAAAUGGCUGCCCAGUCAGAAGGAAAAUGGGUGACCCAGAUUGCUGAACUGGAGAAGGAGCGGGGCCAUUUGGUGAAUGCCAUGGCUCGUCGAGAAGAGGAAUUCUCUGCUCUUCAGGCACAGCUGGAAAACACCCAGCUCAAACUGUCCAGCACACAGGAAUCUAUGUGCCAGCUCGCAAAGGACCAACGGAAAAUGCUUCUGGCAGAAUCAAGGAAGGCGGCAGAGCAGGUGAUACAAGAGGCCCUGAGGCAGCUUGAGGAGCCCACUCUCGUCAGCUGUGCCGGAUCUGCAGAUCACCUUCUCUCCACGGUCAAGUCCGUUUCCAGCUGUAUUGAACAACUGGAAAAAUGCUGGAGCCGGUAUAUUGCCUGCCCAGAAGAUAUCAGUGGGCUUCUGCACUCAGUCACCCUCCUUGCCCACUUGACCAGCGACACCAUUGUUCACGGCGGCACCACCUGCCUUAGAGCCCUGCCAGAGCCUGCCGAUGCACUGACCGAGGCCUGUAAGCAGUAUGGCCAGGAAACCCUCCUCUAUCUGGCUUUCCUGGAGGAAGAAAGAACCCUUGAGAAUGUCGACAGCACAGCCCUGAGGAGCUUCCUCAGCAAGAUCGCGGCCAUCGGCGAGGAGCUCCUGCCCAGAGGCCUGGACAUCAAACAAGAGGAGCUAGGAGACCUGGUGGACAAGGAGAUGGCUGCCACUUCAGCUGCCAUUGAAACUGCUACAGCCAGAAUAGAGGAGAUGCUCAGCAAAUCCCGAGAAGGAGACACGGGAGUCAAAUUAGAGGUGAACGAAAGGAUUCUUGGUUCAUGUACCAGCCUAAUGCAAGCUAUUCAGGUCCUGAUUGUGGCCUCGAAGGACCUCCAGAGAGAGAUAGUGGAAAGUGGCCGGGGCACAGCAUCUCCUAAAGAGUUUUAUGCCAAGAAUUCUCGAUGGACAGAAGGACUCAUCUCAGCCUCCAAAGCUGUGGGCUGGGGAGCCACUGUCAUGGUUGAUGCAGCCGAUCUGGUGGUCCAAGGCAAAGGGAAGUUCGAGGAGCUGAUGGUGUGUUCCCAUGAAAUUGCUGCUAGCACAGCCCAGCUUGUGGCUGCAUCCAAGGUGAAAGCUGGUAAGGACAGCCCAAACCUGGCCCAGCUGCAGCAAGCCUCUCGCGGGGUGAACCAGGCCACCGCCGCGGUCGUGGCCUCAACCAUUUCUGGCAAAUCGCAGAUUGAGGAAACAGACAACAUGGACUUCUCAGGCAUGACGCUGACCCAGAUCAAACGCCAGGAGAUGGAUUCCCAGGUUAGGGUGCUAGAGCUAGAAAAUGAACUGCAGAAGGAGCGUCAAAAACUGGGGGAGCUUCGAAAAAAGCACUACGAGCUUGCUGGUGUUGCAGAGGGCUGGGAAGAAGAAACAGAAGCAUCUCCGCCUGCACUGCAAGACGUGGUAGCCGAGAAGGAAUAGAGCCGCACUGAUGCCCCACGUCACAGUUCUUUUCCGUUUCAUCACUUGCACAAACUUGUGAGCAUCAGAGGGCUGGUGGAUUCCAAACCAGGACACGACCCUGAGUCUGUGCGCAGAGUCAGAAGAACAGCAGGCGUGUCCUGGCUGAGAAUGCCGAGGCAAUGCUUCCCCUCUUUUGGCAGUUCCGUGGAUUCCCACUGCUCCUUCCGGUGGUUGGUUGGGUAUUGGGGGUUUCUGUUUUCAAGUUUCACUCAUAUAGCCAACUCUCCCAAAGGGAAUAGCUCUGAAGCUCUGAGCUCCUAGGAGCCCCUGACCACAGCAGUCAACAGCGAUGGUGCUGCUCAGGCUUUACCUUGGUGCUCCCCAUCAGCCUCCGUGCUUGGGUCCCGCUGAGUGUGGGACUCAAGGCCACUUCCCAAGGUCGGGUGGAGCUGCUGAGCCACAGCUUUCCUCCAAAGGCCGAAGUGGAGGGAGUGCCUUUCCCUCCUAAAGCUGGAGCCCAGUUGAAAGCCUCUGCCACCUUCAUAAGUGAGAGGGCCACAGAAAGAGAGAAAGGAGGGUGCACACGGUCCAGGUCUUCAGAAGACACCUUCCUUGGGAACUCCUUGUGAACAGGCUGGAAAACCUUAUCGCAUGCUCGAACGGAACUGGUGAGAAAGCCACACCUCUUUUUCCAGAAUGAAUUUUCCUUGGCACCUCCCUUCAGAUCCAGGCAGGGCCCUAAGAGGGAGCUUGUGAGAGGUUUUCAAUUCUUUUCUCCAAAUAUCUGCUGCCUUGGUAUCCUCUUGAAUCUGAAAAAGAUAGUUCCAUGUUCUACCUAAUUGACAGACCCAGAAAAUCAGGCAAACUUGCUCCCGGUAGGAAAGAACCCCGUGCUUGGUUUGGUACCUUUAAUAUUUAUUACUAACCUCCGUUAAGCAGCAGCAGCAGCAGCAGCAGCCAACAGAAAGACGCUUGGUGCAAGCAGGAUUUCAGGUGUGACUAUGGCACGGCUUUAUCGCUGCCCUAUGCAUCAGUCUUCAAGAAUCGGAAACGAGGCCAAGAUGCCGCCCCCAUCUGUAACCCGCUUGGAUCACAAAGCAAGCGAGGUUCCUCAGAGCAUCCCGGGCAGGGAAAACAAAAAAGGGGGACCGCUGGCUCUGACCCCUUCCCAACACAUGUCCCGGGCCCUCGAUACCCUGUGGACAGGAUGAGGGCACACUGAUAGCCUCGCAGAGAUGGGCAGCCAGAUGGCACUUCUCCGCCUCCAGCCGGACUCCAGCAUUUAAGUGACCUUUGAUCUUGGACUGUGUCUUCCUUCUCCAGAGCAACUCCUAGGCAGGAGCCAGCAAGCACUUCCAGGACCUGUCCCAAAGGAACAUUGUAAGUGUGGCUACAGGACAGGUUGUGAGACUCCUGUUUGAUCACUGUGAAUCAACCUCCCUCCUUCCUGUAUACACCCCAGACUGCAUCUCUGUGCAUUUCUAAGUAGGGCAUCCAAAAUACUGUCUCCCUUGAGCGCAAAUUAUGAGAUUCAGAUGUGUGAUCUCCACCCUGGGCUAAAAAGAGGGCUCAGCAGUAGAAAUUGAGCGCUUGUGUUUAAUGCUUUUCCAUCCAAGGCUCAGAAGGAGUGGUGUGUGGCGUCCCUGGCCCGCUGGUGCCAGUUAAGCCAAUCGGUGUGUUCUCAGUGUGGGUCAGUAUUUCCAAAGGUGGCUGGUCUUCAUUUCCAGAAUCCCGGCCAAACAGUUGUGCUCCAAAUCACCAGUGGAGGGAAAAUCUAGCCUAUUGGACCAGAUUAGGACUCUUUGAAAAACACUCCCUCUAAAAAGAAGCCACAGUAAUUUUUUGUCGUUUUUAAUCCUCAUCUGAGGAUAUGUUAAUUGAUUUUAGAGAGAAGAAGAAGAAAGAGAGAGAGAGAGAGAAACACUGGGCACCUCUCGUGUACACCUUGAACAGGAAUCAAACCCACCACCUUUCAGUGUAUGAGACAGUGCUCCAACCAACAGCCACAUUGGUCAGGGCGGGCACCACAGUAAUUUUUAAAACUUCAUGGGCUUAGCCAGUAAUAAAACCAUUACGAACACACUUACACAGGAGCACAGUCUCAAUCAGUCUCACAGGAGGCAAUACCUGUCAGAUAAUUACUUCAUCAUUGCUCAAAUUAGAAGCUAGUCCAUUCUCCAGCCAAAAUCAAAUUGGCCUAUCUCGCUACUUCUAAAAAUGAGUGUGUGGUACUUGGUGUGAAAUACCUGAUGAAAACGGAAAUCAUAUCCUAAGGCUAAAAAUGAACCUCACAGCCUUUUAGUCACUGAGCAUCAUUUAGUGUCUGGAGUCUCAUGGGUCAGUGUAAAUGGGUCAUGACAGGAGAGGACAACAGCAAAAUAAUGGCUUAGGACUGACAAGAGGUUAAAAUGCGGCCGAAUCUGUUAUGCAAUCUUGUAAUACGGUGCUCUAAUACCAUUAGAAUAAGAGUGUGUACAUAAACAAGGAAAAAGUGAAAAAGAACUAUUUGUGGCGUUACUGGUAUUUAUAUCUGAGCAAGGAGUUUAAAUUGGACUAUAAUUGAGAUUGAGCCUUAGGAUCGCACCUAAAUAUGAGUCCCCAGCCCUGUGGCUGGAAGAACCAAACAUUGUCCAGGGCAUCCUUUCUUGGAAGUGUUUGAGCUGCUGAGUCAGACACCAGGUCCCAGGGAGUCACACGUGCAUGUAGUUUAGUCAGGUCAGUAACACUUUGGCCUCGCUAAGAGGAGCUGGUUCUGAGUUUGUACCCAGGACAUACUCACUUCUUAGUCUAGAGCAGUGAUUUUCAACCAGUGUGCAUAAUUUUAAAACAUGCAAUACCUGACUAUUUAGUCAGGGGCACUGAACUCUUUUCCCUUAGAUUGUCAAAUAAAAAAAUGAAAAUUAAGAAAAAGAAAAUAGCCAUCCAGUGUGAAUGCCCUGUCUUAAACCAUAAAUACAUAAGUCAUAUAAUAGAGUUGCAACUUAUUGGUCACAUUGCAUAAUAAGGUUGCAUCUGAUUGGUUAAUUCUUGGCACCAGAAGUCCUUAUAUACAAGUAAGUAUAGAUACCUGAUUUUUUAAAAAGUAGGUAAUUGCUAUUAAUUUUUUAGUAAAUCAAAAUUAUACCUUUUUUUGGUCAGAUCAGCAAAAAUUGUCUUUUUUGAGUGCUGCAGAAUUUUAGUAGUUUAUGUAUGCCAUGAGAUGAAAAGGUUGAAAAUCACUGCUCCAGAGGGGUCCUUUGGCUCCACUUACCCUGGUCUUUAAUAACUAAAGUUCUUGCUACCUUCUCCACCUUUCAAAGUCUCUGGAAAUCCCUCCUGCCAACAAAAGCCUUUAAUCCUGGCACUGGCCUUCCAAUCAAAUUGGCUUUGCCCUCUCUCUCUGCCAUUCUCCAUCCUCCAGAGACUGCACUGCCUGUAGCAUAGAACACCACCACAGGCUUGCCUGCCACCAACACAGCAAACUGGCGAGCUGUCGUCUGCUGUUCAAGUCCUUUGUCUCCCGGGUCCAGACCAAAUAUGGGAUCAGCAACUCACAGUGGUGGCCCAGCCUUUCUACCCAAGGAGCCAAAGCAACAUGAAACAAUUGCUUAGAUGCUAGUGGGUCCGAUUCUGAGAGUAGAUAAUUUUCAGACGUGUCUUUCAAGUGACCCUCAACUACCUCAGGUUUGAAGGCCCUAAAUUAAGCUGAUUUUUCAUAGGGACAAACUGAGGGGUUCAGGUAAUGUUGGUGAUAACACAGUUGUCUCGAACUUAUAACUCUUUCACACGUAGCUUUGCAGGGAUGGAGUUGGGAUUGUUUUUCUUUUCUGUGUUUAACCUUUCCCCCACUUUUCCAUUAGAAUAGUUCCUGUAAAUGAAUUUCAUUUUUCACUGAGUGCCUACCUUCCCAGGGCAGGUAGCCACUGGCUUUUGUUCCCUUCCAAUAAUACUUUUAUUAUGGUAUUAAGACCUUUCUUUGUAUAAUACAUUGCAUCUGUGUUUCCAAUUUUUCAAAUAAAUAUUUCAACCUGGCAAUGAAAA